ACGACCAGCUGCCACACUAAAGCCUACGACUGGAAUUGCCACGAAGAACAGAACUUAUUUGUUGGCACAAUUAAAACGGGCUUUAAAAGCGCUGCAAAACUCAGUGUCCGGUUUUGGAAUAGAGGUUGACGCAAUCGAACGAUGGGCUCGAGCCACAGCAUCCAUGUUCCCGGUGGCGGCACCGAAGGAUACCAUGUACUCAAAGUGCAGGACAACUCACCUGGUCAAAAGGCAGGACUGGAGGCCUUUUUCGACUUCAUUGUGGCUAUUGCUGGGACACGUCUAGACCAGGAUAACGACAUGCUGAAGGAGCUUCUGCGCCAGAACGUGGACAAGCCGGUGCGGCUAACCGUGUAUUCCAGCAAGACGCAGACGGUGCGCGAACUGACCCUUACGCCCAGUAACAACUGGGGUGGUCAGGGACUGCUGGGCGUCAGCAUUCGGUUCUGCUCCUUCGAGGGCGCCAACGAGAGCGUCUGGCACAUCCUCGAAGUCCAUCCCAAUUCACCCGCCGAGCUGGCUGGAUUGAGGGCGUACAGCGACUAUGUCAUCGGAGCAGAUGCCAUUCGCCACGAGAACGACGACCUGUUCACCCUGAUCGAAACGCACGAGCAACAGCCGCUGAAGAUGUACGUCUACAAUCUGGACGAUGACGCCUGUCGCGAGGUCACCAUCAAGCCGAACACCGCCUGGGGUGGCGAGGGAGCCCUGGGUUGUGGCAUAGGCUUUGGCUAUCUGCACCGCAUCCCUGUGCAGGCAGAUACCGUGGCCGGUGGCUCUGCUCCUUCUGCUGCCUCGACGGAGUCCACUGCUCCGUUGCUGACUGCUGGAGGAGCGACUCCAGCUGUUGCUCCUGUAGCUACUGCUGUGGUCUCACCAACGAUGCCUUAUAUACCGCCACUGGCCAACACCUUUGGAUCCACAAACGCGGAGGUCAGACCACCCACCAUUGAGCCACCAGCACAGAGCCUGUUCAAGACCUACUUCAAUCCGGAUGAGGCCACCGAUGCACUGACCGCAGCGCUGGAGACGCAGGCCCACAUUGCCGAGCCCAUUCCAGUGCCGGCUGCAGUCGCUGACGUGUCUGUGGCGCAAGUUCAGGUUCCCGCACCAGCGCAACCCUUGCCGCCGCCAACGAAUAUUAUUAUACCCAACGUUUUGGAUCCAAGUACACCACAAAACGCUGCUUUGGGUGGAAUACCCGCCGCCCAGCUGCCAUUUCCACAGGCCACGGCAGCACCGGCGGCUGUGCCCAUGUUCUCCGCACCGCAACAGGCUUACAUGUCGGCCCCGGCUGUCCUCUCCUAUCCAGCCGGCGCCCAGACAGUGCCGUCAUAUCCCCAGGUGCAGCCCUCCAUGGGCGGACUGUUUCCCACGCAGCCAACGCCGUUGCCGCCGCAAAUGGCCCAUGUGUUUGCGCCACCAGUACCACCGCCCGCCAGUGCUGCUCCACCGGCAGACAAUGAAACAUCGGCACCGGCAACACACCAGGCCGGCAACUAAGACUUCAACUGGGCUAAUUGACCAACUGCUAAACCUGGACAAAUCGUCGUUAAGCUUAUUUUGCGAGUAUCAUCUGAUUGUUUUGAGUGAUGAUUGCGCUAGCAAGAAUCACAAGUGGCGCGGAGGUGUGGGCCACAGCUGCAUGCAAAAAUGUGUACAUUGCAUUCAUAACAAUAAUCUAAAUUAAUUAUUAUAAUAAAUAAACAAAUAUAUAUAUAUGUA